AUAAUACUAUUCAUUACUUAUACCAAUUGAAUGCAACCCUGUAUUUAUUGCUGCAUACUUUACGAAGCAAAACUAGGAAAACUAUUUCUGGAAGAAUUCUCAAACGAAUUAGGCAAUCUUGAAAAUAAUCGAUGCACAAAUUUCAUGGAUUCAUACUUCUAUCUCUUUUAGACAUUCGUGUUGUUUUUGUAAGAAAUUAAGUAAUAUAAGUGUGCUGAUAAAUACGGCGAAAAGGAAAUGUAGAUAAAGAAUUGGACACAGAAUAAAAAAUAAAUUUACAAUAAACAAAGCGACGGACGAACGAGCGUAAAAGCAAUUAUUUGGAAGUGCAAAAACAGCACCAAAAUUCAACGUCAACUAUAUUGUCUGAUAUUUGAAGUGUUUUAAUUAAAAUUUAUAAUUAGUUUAAUGCAGCAUAAAAUAUAAAAACACAAUAUAAGACAUUCGCAUAAGAAAAUAUACUCUGCGUAUAGCUCAAAGAAGAGUAAGAAGAAAGUUGUUUGUGCAUCACUAUUGGCGCAGAAGUCAUAUAAAUAAUAAAUAGGAAACGCUACAAAUAUAGCAAAAUACCUACAAUGGAUCGCAAUAAUGGCUCCAAUCGCUAUACACCAAUUCGGCGCGCAGGCCAACAUCAAUCAAAUUCGUUAUCAUCAUCACUUUCAUCAUCGAAUAAUAAUCAACAUCAACAUUUAGAUAAUCAUCGCAAUAAUUCGUCACAAUAUUCAACGACCAAUCAUAGCGCAUAUUCACCACAAUCGUCAAUGUCCCGCGAACCGCUCACACAACAUGACGAACUGAUUCGAUAUAUCAGGGAAGCAUGGACAAAGGUAAAUGAACAGAAUACGCCUAUAAAUUAUUGCAAUGAAUCGGAUCAUCAAUUAAAAAAUUUCAAACCAUUUAAUUUGGAGGAGUACUGGGACCAACGGCAUUUUCAAAAUAUUCGCGUAUCACAUGGACAACAAUAAGAUGAUACAAAUUGAUGCAGCAACAACAACAGUCGUAAAACAUAUUUUCCUUGUUUUAUAUGCUCUGUGUUGAUUGUUAUGCAUUUGCAAAAAAGUUAUUGUAACAAUACAAGUAACAUACAAGCUACAUAGAAUUAUGUAUUUCCAUUAUUGAGAAAACAUCUGAAAUUUUCUUAAAAAGUCCUGGAUAUUUAAACACAUACUUACUUAUUUAAAAGUAAAUUGCGAUAUAAAAAUAGUUGUAUUUCUCAAAGCUGAAAUUCUCGUUACAUGGUAGUUAAGAAAAUAUAAUAUUUAAUUACAAUAUAGAAAUUCAAAAAAAGUAAUGAAAUGAAAAACCAAAAUUAAGUUAUUUAAAAGUAAAAUAGCGUCGUAUAAAUCGUUCAAUCUAUCAAUGAAAAGAUUUUGCAAUAAUAUUAUUAAAUUCAAAAAAAACGAGGAAGGUUAUGCAGACGAAAUAUUUCAAAAUUACAAUUAAAGGCAAUAAAAAAUAUGUAAACAAA